AUGGCUCGCCCAGAACAAGGUCAAGUGGUGGCUUGGUAUGUCUGCACAGUGACGGCAUGCACCUUCUUAGUGUGUCGUCUGGUCAUCCGAUUGCGGCUCCUGAAGAGGCUGUAUCUGGAUGACCUGUUCGUCACAAUGGCUUGCCUGUGUUUGAUCGGGGAUCUGGCAAUCCAACAUUAUAUGUUUAAUCAAGGCAUGACGGAAAUGGCGAACACAACCGUCGACCAGAAAAUCAACAUGAUGAAGAUGAUCAUCCCGGGAUCCACAUUAUACGUCACUUCGCUAUGGUUGAUCAAGGCUAGCAUGGUGAUCUUCUACAAGCGCUUGGCGGACCGUACCCGCUACCAGCUGGUGUAUAACAUCACCCUGGGAACCCUCGCGGCCACCUGGCUGGUGUUAUUCUUUGAUAUUGUUUUCAAGUGCUAUCCUCCUAAGCGCCAAUGGGAGGGAAUUCUAGAUGCUGAAUUGGCAUGCCCAGAAGGACCGUCGACCAUCAACUAUUGGCUCACUAUCCUUUUUAUCUGCCUUCCCAUCUCUCAAGUCGCGCGACUCAAGAUGCCCACGAAGCAAAAGUGGGGUGUCAUCUCGGUCUUUCUCCUCGGUGUUUUCGUCGUCAUCACCAGCAUCAUUCGAGCAGUCUACUCCCACCUCGGUGAGCAGAUGAUCACCUGCACCGUCUCGAUGAUUGAAACUGCAAUUGCGAUUAUCGCGUCCUGCCUCCCUGUGCUGCGAACUCUGGUAUUCGGUUCGCACUCGCGCACGGGAACUUAUAGUAGCCGUCGCGGCUAUGAGCUGUCCCACGCGGGUGUGCACACGGGUGCACAGGAUAGCAAGCAGCAAACUUCCGUCUCCGCAUCGCGGAGCCAGGUUGACCGUGCUGCAGAUGACAUCUCGUUCAAUGAUUCCGAAGAUGGCUUGGUCAAGGACCCGGUUUCUCGGCCUGGAAUCGCGGUCACACAUGAGUAUUUUGUGCAUGAAGAUGCACGGAAAUUUCGAGGUUGA